AAUAAAUAAACUUAUUUAUUUUCUCCUCUCCCCAUAUUCUUCUCUCAUUGACUACUUUGUAGCAACAAUGGCAGCAUUAAGCUGCAAAUUUCGUCCCAGAACCUUUAUACACUGCAAAAUUUUCACAAAAAUCCCUUCCAUCUCUUGUUCUUUCCAGCCCUCUCAAAGCAGCAUCAAGGUAAUCAUAAAUGGAGCAGCUAAGGAAAUAGGUAGGGCAGCUGUGUUAGCUGUAACAAAGGCAAGAGGAAUGGAAGUGGCUGGUGCAAUUGAUUCAUACCUAAUUGGAGAAGAUAUAGGAAAGGUCUGUAACAUGGAAGAGGCUUUGGAAAUUCCCAUAAUAAAUGAUCUGACCAUGGUCUUAGGUUCCAUAUCCCAGAGUAAAGCAACUGCAGUUGUUGUGGAUUUCACUGACCCUUCAACGGUUUAUGACAAUGUUAAACAGGCAACAGCUUUUGGAAUGAACAGUGUGGUUUAUGUGCCUCGUAUCAAGAUGGAGACAGUUUCGACAUUAUCUGCAUUUUGUGAGAAAGCCAGCAUGGGUUGUCUGGUAGCUCCGACUCUUUCAAUAGGAUCAAUACUUCUGCAGCAAGCUGCGAUUUCAGCCUCAUUUCAUUACAACAAUGUGGAGAUUGUUGAAUCAAGAGCCACUGCAGUGGAUUUUCCAUCACAGGAUGCAAUGCAAAUAGCAAACAAUAUUUCUAACCUUGGUCAGAUAUACAAUAGAGAUGACAUUUCAACAGAUAUUCGGGCGAGGGGUCAAGUUCUGGGGGAAGAUGGAGUAAGAGUGCACAGCAUGGUUCUUCCUGGUCUCCCAUCUAGUACGGCUGUCUACUUUUCCCGGCCAGGGGAGGUUUACACGCUGAAACACGAUGUCACGGAUGUUCAGUGUCUCAUGCCAGGCCUAAUUCUGGCCAUCAGAAAAGUUGUGCGCCUCAAGAAUCUGGUGUAUGGCCUGGAGAAAUUUUUGUAGAAACUAAGGGUUGACAAGCUCCAUGGCACACUGUUUACUACUUCAACACGAAGGAAUCUCUUUAAUGUGAUGCAAAUACAUCUUAUUUUACCUUUGAUAAGAGUUUAAUUUCUCUAUCAAAAAUACCAAUUGGAGUUUAUCCCAUGAUAGAUGAGAAUCUUGAAGUUGGAGAUUGUUUCUGAGAAAAAAAAAAGUUACCUUUUUUCAUGAAUGAACAUAGUCAUGCUCCAAUUCAUGACUUUCUAUCGGCGAAUUAUGUCAUUUUUCCUGCUUCCGUUAGGAGAUGCAGUCGAUAAAUUUUAAGUAAAAUGAUCGAGUUACUCAAUGUCA